AUGGUUCACACAAUACCCGUCGAGAUCGACUACAUCAGCGUUCGCGAUGAUGGGUCGCUGAUAGUUGGAGGCGGUGGCCAAACAUACAAAACAUCUCCAAACCGAGAGAUGAUGGUUGACAAUGCAGACGACUCUUACUUUCCAGAAGAGACUAGGCAGUAUUUUGUUGGGUAUGCGAAUCGGAACUACAAGUCUUUGGCAGACGCUAAAUUUGUCAACGACUACACGUGGACUGGGUGUAUGGGCUUCACAGAAGACGGGUUUCCUUUUGUUGGUGACUUGACGG